GGAAAAUAACAAAUAAACUCAGCAACAUCCCCGUGGAGUGAGAACGGAUGGAACAGCGAGGCAGCCGGGCAGGAGAGCAUCCUCCGGUUCCAGGCGGAGGGCAGAGUACAAGCGCCAUGGACGACCUGCUGGAUGUGGAGAACAAGCGGAUGGCCGACAGCCUGGCCAGCAAGGUCACCAGGCUGAAAUCCCUGGCUCUGGAUAUCGACAAGGACACUGAGGAACAGAACCGCUACCUGGAUGGCAUGGACUCGGAUUUCCUGAGUGUGACGGGGCUGCUGACGGGCAGUGUGAAGCGCUUCUCCACCAUGGCACGCUCCGGGCGGGACAACCGCCGCCUGCUCUGCGCCGUGUCCGUGGCCCUUAUCCUCAUCUUCUUUAUCCUCUACUACCUGGUGUCCAGGGCAGGCACCUGAGCCGGGCACCUGCAGGCCUGUCGACGCCUUCCUGGGAGGAGCCUCCGGCCAGACCUCCUCCUUCCAAGUGACUCUUCCUCCCACCAGCUCCUCGUGUCGCCCCGGCUGGGCCCAGACAGCUCUUUCAGGGCAGGAACAUUUGUCUCCAAAGGGAUCUCCGUGCCUAACAGGAUUUUGGGGCUGUGACCUCCUGCCUUGUUCGUGUGCCAUAGGCUGUUCUCAGGGGCCACUUCCCUGACACCUCCUCACCGAGCCUGGGAACUGCUGAGACGGGGCUGACACAUCCAGGGACUUGUUCAUGCUCCGAGGGUUUAUAAGCCAGCUGAACUUCAGGAGCUGUAGGGUCUAGGAUGCUGAUUUAUGGGGUUUGGGAGUGCCAGUGUGUGACUUCACAUUCCAUGUGGCUGCUCUCAGUUUCUCCCGGGACUUGCAGAACUUACCCUUGGUGUCCCUGGGCUGAAAGGAAACCUGUGCUGCUCUGGGAUGGAAUUAGCGAUGGACCUGGGCAUGGAUACUCUCAGAUCGCUGCAGGGAAGAGCUGCAAAGGAGCAGAAUUUUGGAUUAAAUCCUGGCUUGGCCCUCUUUAUCUUCCUCGGUCCAGUUAAUUUUGGUGGUUGUGGCGCCCUGGUUUUGGAGCACUCCGGGAAGAUGCUGUGCCAGUGAAGCAGAGGUUGAGGUGAGGUGGAAUUCCCCACCAGUGGGAGUCCAGGAGGGGUUUGCUGAUUUGUUUUCUGAAUUUAGAAGGUACCAGAGGAACCCCUGCCUUGCCUUGGGGGGUGUCUCUGCUUAUUUGCCUCUGUCUCCUUGUAACAACCAGGGCCCAGCCAUUCUUCCUCCUGAUUUAGUCUCUCUUCUGCCUCAUCGUGGAUGGCUGGGUGUUCCCUUUGCCUUCUCUCUCCUCCCAUCGGGAAUUCCUUUGUCCUGAAGCUAAGGCACCUGCAAAAGAAAUGUUGUUCCUUGUACUCACAAUCUGGUCACAAAACAUACCCUGGCUGGAUUAGGUGUGUUCUUUUCCACAUUCGGGAAAAAUCCUGCAGGGAAAGCAAGGAGAAAGGAGGCAGCAGGGACUUCUGGUCCUUCCUGCUUCCCUGGAGCGGUGUGGCAGCUCCAGACUCCUUCCCUUCGGGAAGAAUAGAUGGCAUCUGAUUCCUGGAGCAGGUGACUCUGGACAAAAGGCUGCUGGUGCAGCCUGGAGGAGUUUGCUUUUUGCCUUUCCUGCUGUAAAUAAAGCUGAUUUUAGACCUUCUA